AUGCUUAGAACCAGCGCUCUCCGUGCGGCAGCGCGCACUUCCCUCACCUCCGCCGUUAAGCCUGCGGCAGCAUGCUUUAGCAGCUCCGCCAUCAAGAACAAGGCCACUUUGCCAGACUUGCCUUAUGACUACGGCGCGCUCGAACCAGCCAUCAGUGGCCAAAUCAUGGAACUGCACCACAGCAAACACCACCAAACCUACGUAAACAACUACAACGUCGCCGUGGAGAAGAUGUCCUCCGCCAUCUCCUCCUCCGACAUCCCCACCCAAAUCGCCACGCAAGCCGCCAUAAACUUCAACGGCGGCGGUAACCUCAACCACACCCUCUUCUGGGAGAACCUGGCGCCGAAGAACCAAGGCGGCGGCGAGCCACCGUCAGGCAGUCUCGCUUCGAGCAUCGACAGCACGUUCGGUGGACUUGAGGAGUUCAAGACGCAGUUCAAUACUGCGCUGGCGGGCAUCCAGGGAAGUGGGUGGUGCUGGUUGGUGCAGGAUAAUGCUACAGGACAGUUGGGGAUCAAGACAUAUGCGAAUCAGGAUCCCGUGGUGGGACAAUUUAGGCCCAUUCUAGGGGUGGAUGCGUGGGAGCAUGCAUAUUAUCUACAGUAUGAGAAUCGCAAGGCGGAGUACUUCAAGGCCAUUUGGGAUGUUAUUAAUUGGAAGGCGGCGGAGAAGAGGAUGAAGUAG